ACCAUAUCUCAGUAGGAACUGCCUCAUGCUUAGUUAGGUAAGCUGACAUAUUCUGUCAUCACAGGCUGCUCUGGAAUGAUGGCUGGGAGACCAUCCUAAUGCCAGCUGAGUGGGGAUCUAGAUACUCAGCAGGAGGGUCAGACAAGAAGGGACAGGGGCUCCCCAUGCAGAUGCAAACCCCAAUCACAUUUCCCACACAGUCAGUUUUGUACUAAGGUCUACCCAUUUCCUUACUCUAGCGGACAGUCUGCUAUUCACUUUGUUGGGCAGCAUAGGCUUCAGUAAAGAGGCCAAGGGGACUGAGGUCACAGUACUGAAGAAAGAACACUGAUAUUUAAGGAACAACCAAAAAACAUCCAGAGGAAGAAGAGCCCAGACAGGCACCUGAGAAACCGGAAAAACGAGUCACUGGGAGUCAGGGAGCUAGGAUGUCCGACGAAUUCAAGAGAACUGGCCUUCUGCAGAUAUGUCGUUAUCCAACACGAAAAACCGUCUUUCACUCCAGGACAACCAAGGCUAAUCACAACUCGUAAAACCUGGUUCUUGACGCCAGUCGGCGGACUGGAGAGAAGCCAAGCUUGGGAAACCGCGGGCUCUGCCGCCUUUGCCGCCGGAAAUGAACAACCUAAGCCUCCCUGCCAGGCUUCCUAAGUCCCGCCCCCAACGAGCCAGCAUGCGCAGUUCCCCGCCACGGCCCCUCCCAGCGCAGGCCCACCCCCGUUACAGAGCAGGCGCAGUCCUCCUGCCAUCCCGCCCCUCCCUUUCCAGAGCCCACCGUUCCUUAGAAACCAGGCUGCGCGUUCCCGGUGGCGGCGGGCUGGACUCCGGGGCCCGCGCAUCCCAGUCAACCUCCCUGAAGGCAGAUACGUGGCCGCCGAGACCCCUUUGGACCCAUGGUCUCCAGUGCGGCGCGCGGUGGGCGAUGCCAGCGUGCCAGAAAACUAGAAGAGAAGUCUAUAAGAGCAGAAUUAGCAAAGAGAAAAGAGGAAGAUCAUGGCCAGAUGCGGUGUCUGAUGCCUGUAACCCCAGCACUUUGGGAGGCCAAGGAGCCAUGAUUGACCAGGAUGUUGGGAAGGUCGUAUCCAUGCUGGAGACUCUUGUGAGGAGAUGAGUGGGUGAAGAGAGAGGCUGGGAUGAAGAUGCUGCCAGGAGUGGGUGUGUUUGGGACUGGCAGCUCCGCCCGAGUUCUGGUCCCGCUGCUGAGGGCUGAAGGGUUCACUGUUGAGGCCCUGUGGGGGCAGACCGAGGAGGAGGCGAAGCAGCUUGCUGAGGAGAUGAACGUCACCUUCUACACCAGCCGGACCGAUGACGUCUUGCUGCAUCAAGAUGUGGAUCUGGUGUGCAUCAGCAUCCCCCCUCCACUCACCCGGCAGAUAUCCGUGAAGGCUCUAGGUAUUGGGAAGAAUGUGGUUUGUGAGAAGGCAGCAACAUCAGUGGAUGCCUUCCGGAUGGUGACAGCCUCAAGAUACUACCCGCAGCUGAUGAGCCUGGUGGGGAACGUGCUGCGCUUCCUGCCUGCCUUCGUGCGCAUGAAGCAGUUGAUUUCGGAGCACUACGUGGGAGCAGUGAUGAUCUGUGAUGCUCGUAUCUACUCAGGCAGCCUGCUAAGCCCCACCUAUGGCUGGAUCUGUGAUGAGCUCAUGGGUGGCGGGGGCCUGCACACCAUGGGGACGUACAUCGUGGACCUGCUAACCCACCUGACUGGCCGGAGAGCAGAGAAGGUACAUGGGCUGCUCAAGACGUUCGUGAGGCAGAAUGCUGCCAUCCGUGGCAUCCGGCACGUCACCAGCGAUGACUUCUGUUUCUUCCAGAUGCUCAUGGGUGGGGGUGUGUGCAGCACAGUGACACUCAACUUCAACAUGCCAGGCGCCUUUGUGCAUGAGGUCAUGGUGGUAGGCUCUGCAGGACGCCUCGUCGCCCGAGGAGCCGACCUCUAUGGGCAGAAGAACUCUGCCACGCAAGAGGAGCUGCUGUUGAGGGACUCGCUGGCUGUGGGCACAGGGCUGCCUGAGCAGGGGCCCCAGGACGUCCCGCUGCUAUACCUAAAGGGCAUGGUGUACAUGGUGCAGGCCUUGCGCCAGUCCUUCCAGGGGCAGAGCGACCGCCGCACCUGGGACCGUGCCCCUGUCUCCAUGGCCGCCUCCUUCGAGGAUGGGCUGUACAUGCAGAGCGUGGUGGAUGCCAUCAAGAGGUCCAGCCGAUCCGGGGAGUGGGAGGCUGUGGAGGUGCUGACGGAGGAGCCUGACGCCAACCAGAACCUGUGUGAAGCGCUUCAGCGGAACAACCUAUGAACCUGCACCUGGGCUCCUUGCCAUAGGACAGAGGGACCAGGGAGGGGAACAGGAGCCAGAUAUGAUGAGGGCUUGGCCCUAGCAGAGACAGUGUCUUUCAUUUAAUGAGUCUGGGUGAAUCCAGAGGUGGUCCUGGGACUUUGCCCCCCACCCCCACCCCAGCAGCUCACCUGCUCCUUAGACUUGCAGGGUGGCAAACAUUCCUGUUGCCAGGCUAGCACAGCGUGCACAGGGUAGAGCUGUCGCCAGCCUCCUCAUGGCAAUGCCAGUGAGUGGGACCAGGAGAGGCUCACCCUGUGUGCCCUUUAGCCUGAUCCACAGUCCUAACAGGGUGCUAAUGCACAACAGGGGCCAGGCAGCUCGGCUGAGGCCCGAGGAGAAAUGACUAGAAGUCUCAUUUCCAUGUCCUUCUUGGGUUGGGGCAUCUCAGGAACGGUGAGGGCAACAUGCUGACCCUCAGGGACCCUUACCUGCCCUCCCAUGUUACCAGCCCCUUCCCAGGUGGGGACAAGGGCUUGCUUUAUUAAGUGAGCUCUCGGGCUUUUGAACUAGGGCAGAGGGCCCUGAUUUGGCAAAGAGGAGGCAAGGGAGGGCUUUAGAACAUCUGAGAAAUGUUAAUAAAUAAUUCAGAAAAUAGGA